UUCGUCUUCACUGAUAAAUAUUCUCAGUUUGACUUCCCAUUAACUGGUGAUGAGGACUGGCUACGCGGUGCAGCCGACUUCAUUAAGCAACGCCGCCAGCGUUGUAUGCUGACACUUCAUGUGCUGUUCUCAGCGCCCAGGCUGCUGCCUGGAGAAAAUGCUGCCAGCCGUCAUGAGAGGGAUGCGAGGCAUGUUCCUGUUGGUGGCAUUCUCGACGGCUCUCGCACAUCAGCUGAGUUUAUCACUAACUCUGUACGCACGGCUGCCCCAGUUCACGUAGGACUCAGAAAAUAG